AUGAUGGACCCCGAGGAAGUGCUGGAUCUAUAUGACAUCGCAGUCUUACUCAACUACGAGCGGAACACUACGGAACCUCGGCUUCGACACACCAAAUUGAGGGAAGUCGCUUUCCCGGGUACGCAACCGAAGACGGUCGCACUCAGCAGUCCAAUCGACCAAGGCUGGAACAACAACGCGUCCACAUGGAUCGUAUUGGAUCAGCAGCAGCCCAACGAUCCAGAUGCUCCAGACCUGCCCACCGAAUUCCUACCCGCGAACAAACGCCAGGAUAGCGCACUCUCCAAUGAGCAGCUAGAGACGUUAUUCCAUCAGGCACGCAAUCACGAUGGCUGUUACCAGGCGAUUAGUCUGCUUCAGAUCUUCUUUGCACUGUUCUCCGAGGACACAAAGUUGAGGGUGAGACAUGCGCCUAGUGGUAAGCAGCCAGGCAUGUCUUAUAUGACAACAGUCAGUAGGCGUGUCAUUGUCGAGGAGUCCUUCCGUGACCCAAAGUUCACCACUGCUAUCUGCGUACUCCCCCAGGGCGCAAUGUUUGUUAGUGGGCACCAGCCACAACUUCUACAUGCGGUCGUAGGUUUCUCUCCGCUCGAUAGUGACACGGUUCAAUCCUUCUUCGAUCUCUCGUCUAUGCAGUUCGGCGACAUAGGACGUGGACCCGGGCCGAAGGGAAAGCAGCUGUUCGCUCUGGAUACCCCCGAGGAGUUUGCCCUGCGUUUCAGCAUGUUGGCUAAGGGUACAGAUCCUAGCAAGAGCGACCGCACUCUAGCGAUCAGUGGUACACCUGUAGACGAUUGGCUAUGGGAAGUGGCGAUGAGGACGAAAAAGAGGUGGAUGAAUAGAGCGACGGAGAAAUGGUGUGGUCACUGUGGAGCACCAGGUGCCAAAUCCAAGUGUGCUGGAUGCGGCGAGGCGUACUAUUGCGGCAAGGACCAUCAAAAGUUAGCUUGGGGAUAUCAUAAAGGAUAUUGCGGGAAGCCUUGA